AUGAAUUCCGGAGAGAUAUAUAGACUAUCAGGAAGGCCACCGCUCAAAACCAUUUUGCUCUUGAGUAUUGGACCAUUAUGUUCACAAAUCACAAGUACAUUAUAUGGAAUUAUUAAUACAUUUUGGAUUUCCAAAUAUGUUGGAGAGGUUGGCAUGUCCGCAGUUGCAACUGUUGUAGUUUGGGAGUUCGUAGCAAGAGCGUUUGGUUUAUUUUUAUCAAUUGCUGCGAGUACACAAAUAUCAUCAUUGUUUGGAAAGAAACUAUUCGAUGAUGCAAAACAAGUUGUAUGCGAUUUAUAUAGAGUAGCUCUCAUAUGUGGUUGUAUUGUGCCAGCAAUAUUAAUUCCAGCUAUAAAACCAUAUGCCAGAUGGUGUCUUGCAACAGAAGAAACAACAAAGAUGGCUUUCAGAUAUAUCUUGCCUCAAGCAGCAGGAAAUGCUCUCACAUGCAUUUUUUAUACCAAUAUUGGUGUAUUACAAGCAGAAGGAAGAACUCUUCUAGUUGGUAUAAUAGAUGUUGUUGCACUAGGAUUAGGAAUGGGAGCUUUGAAUCCUUUAUUCAUGGGAAAACUGAAGAUUGGAAUUAUUGGCCCUUCAAUUUCAACAAUCAUUGCUGAUGGCGUUCCUGGAAUUAUUUUAACUAUAUUGUUCUUUUGUGGAAGAUUUGGAACAAAACCAGAACUUAAGGGUCUCAUUAAGCCAUUCAACAAACAUACCUUCCAAGGAUUAGUUGUUGGUAGCUCACAAUUUAUUUCACAACUCAGCACUGCAAUUCCUGCAAUUCUUAUGCGUCGUGUAAUGGGUAAAUCGCUUCUUGAUAAGAGCCAAUAUGAUUUAAUGAUAAGUGGCUUGAAUGUUGCUUAUAGAUACACAACACUUGAAACCGCUAUUAUCUUGGGUAUUUGCACAGGUUUCUUAGCUCCAGGAUCUUAUGCAUAUGCUGCAAAGUUAUUCAAAAGAUAUUUACAUUUGUCAAUCCAUUUGAAUUGGAUUACUCUAGUUUGGUGUAUCUUUACAAAUAUCCUUGCUUUUACUUGCCCGAGACAGAUUGCAAAGAUAUUUGGACAUGAUGAAAAGUUCCUUGAAUGGGCAGAAAAAGAAAUCAAAGCUGCUAACUGGGCUGCAUUUUUAAUGUUUAUUCGUUUCACCCUUCAAUCAAUGCUUCAAAGUUUGCAAAGAGGAAAAAGAGCAAUGAUUGUGAGUAUGACCUCAAGCUUUAUCACAUGCUUAGCAUCAAUAUAUAUAAUAGAUGCAAUUCAUCCACAUCAACCAGAGAAAGUCGUUUGGUGUUUUUGGCUUGCAUCAUGCACAGGUUUAGUUAUUGGUGGAGCUUUAAUCUUCAAGCCUCUAUAUGAUAUUAUCAAAGAAAGCAGAAAAGAAAAGAUAUCAGCAAGUGAUGAAAAGUCAUCAAAGGAUAAUAAAUCAUCAAAAGAUGGUGAUAAUGAAAUAGAUAACUUUGAUGAUUCACAAAAAGAUAAAGAUGUAGAAAAAGAUAGCGCUGAAGAAAGCAAAAAUGAUAAAAUAGAUGAGAAACAGAAGGAAGAAGCAGAAAAAGAACUUGAUAAUUUAGAUAAUAUUUCAAAAGAUGAUGAAAAAGGAAGUCAAUCUCCUUAA